AUGUUAAUUUUUAAAUUUUGUUUGACGCUGUUUGGGCUUGGGUCCCUUGCGUUGGCCUUAACAGCGCAGCCAGACUUCGCAGCCGAUGUGAUUCGAGCGAAUUUACUUCAAUCCUCGGAAAAUGCUAUGCUGGAAAAGCGCAAUCCGGUACCUGCUGGAUAUGAUGCCCCUCCAUACUACCCGGCACCCAAGGGCGGAUGGGUAGCCGACUGGAGCGCUGCCUAUUCAAAGGCUCAGAAGGUGGUCGCUAAUAUGACAUUGGCGGAGAAGGUCAAUCUGACGACGGGAACGGGGUUUUUAAUGGGCCCUUGUGUUGGCAAUACCGGGUCGGCGCUGCGUUUUGGGAUCCCGAAUCUCUGUCUCCAGGAUUCUGCCCUGGGAAUAGCUGCAACCGACAAUGUUACAGCAUUCCCAGCCGGUAUUACAGUUGGGGCCACAUUCUCGAAGGCUUUGAUGCACGCAAGAGGCUUUGCAUUAGGAGAAGAAGCUCGUGGGAAGGGUGUCAACAUUCAACUUGGACCUACGAUCGGACCGCUUGGUCGAAAGCCACGAGGAGGAAGGAACUGGGAAGGCUUUGGUGCCGAUCCUGUUCUUCAGGGCUGGGGCGGAGCAGAGACCAUUAAAGGUAUGCAAGCCAAUGGUGUGAUAGCCACUGUCAAGCAUUUCGUUGGGAAUGAGCAAGAGAUGUACAGAAUGGACAUUAUUCCGCACGGAUUGAUGAGGGCCCUUAGUAGUAAUAUUGAUGAUCGUACCUUGCACGAGCUUUACGCCUGGCCGUUUAUGGAUGCCAUUAAAGCAGGCGCUGGAGCUAUCAUGACUAGCUAUAAUGAAGUAAAUGGUAGUGCUGCUUCACAGAACAGCAAACUGAUCAAUGGCAUUUUGAAAGAUGAAUUUGGAUUCCAGGGAUUGGUGAUGAGCGACUGGCUUGCCCAGAUUGGAGGUGUCUCUUCCGCUCUUGCAGGUUUAGACAUGGCCAUGCCUGGCGAUGGAAACACCCCCUUUCUCGGACUUGCCUAUUGGGCUUACGAUCUAUCGACCAGCGUUUUGAACGGUACUGUUCCUCUUGAGCGGCUUAACGAUAUGGUUACGCGGAUAGUUGCAACAUGGUACCAAUUCGGACAAGACCAGGACUAUCCGCUACCAAACUUCUCCGCCAACACUGAUCAGCCUACCGGCCCCUGCUACCCAGCUGCGUUGAUAUCUCCGACUUGCGCCACUAAUCAAUAUGUCAACGUGCAGGCGGACCAUGCAAUCGUUGCAAGGAAUGUAUCGCGAGAGGGUAUCACCUUAUUAAAGAACUUCAACAACACAUUGCCAUUAUCAACAGCUGCUACAUUGAAGGUUUUCGGAUCCGAUGCCCAGAAUAAUCCAGAUGGCAUCAACUCCUGCAAUCAGCGUGCAUGUAAUAAAGGGGUUCUUGGAAUGGGCUGGGGAAGCGGCACCGCAAACUACCCCUACUUGGACGCCCCUAUUGAUGCCAUCAAACGCAAGGCUUCACAAGUGACCUAUUACUCCGGCGACUCCUUCCCUUCUGGUGCUACGGUGGCAGCUGGGGAUAUCGCUAUCGUUUUCAUCAGCAGCGACGCAGGAGAGAACCAAGAGACAGUCGAAGGCAACAAUGGAGACCGGUCUGCUAGUGGUCUCGAAGCAUGGCAUAACGGCGAUGCUCUGGUCAACGCCGCAGCAGCCAAAUAUUCCACGGUCAUAGUGGUAGUUCACACAGUCGGCCCCAUACUGGUAGAGAAAUGGAUUGAUCUCCCCUCCGUAAAAGGUGUGCUCUUUGCCCACCUACCAGGACAAGAAGCUGGAAACUCCCUAACGGACAUUCUUUUCGGGGACUAUUCCCCCAGCGGGCAUCUCCCAUACUCUAUCCCAAAAGCUGAAUCCGACUAUCCAUCAUCAGUCAGCCUCGUCGGUUUCGAACUUUUCCAAGUGCAAGACACUUUCUCGGAAGGGUUAUAUAUUGAUUAUCGCUAUCUCAACAAACAAAAGAUUACUCCACGCUAUGCAUUCGGUCAUGGCCUCUCCUACACAACCUUUAGCCAUACCGAGCUAUCCCUCACAGCCGUCACGCCUCUCAGUGCCAUUCCUCCACCCCGCCAACCCAAGGGCUCAACUCCGAUAUACAGCAGUGUUAUUCCUCCGCCUUCCGAAGUCACCUGGCCACAAGGCUUCAACAAGAUCUGGCGCUACCUGUACCCAUACCUAGACAACCCUUCUAGCAUAUCAGCCUCAAAAAAGUACAGUUAUCCGGCCGGCUACCAAACCACGCCCCAACCCGAUCCUCCCGCAGGAGGUGAUCAAGGAGGAAACCCGGCCCUCUGGGACAUAGUGUACACGGUUAAGCUCACUAUAACGAACACCGGCUUUCGCCCAGGGAAAGACGUUGCCAUGUUGUUCUUGCAAUACCCGUCCGAUUCGCCCUAUGAGACACCUAUAAUUCAGCUCCGAGCGUUUGACAAGACUGAUACAUUGGCGCCGGGCCAGAGUCAGGCCGUUACGCUUGAGGUUACGAGGAGGGAUCUAAGUGUUUGGGAUGUUGGGAUGCAGAAUUGGGUUAUCCCUGCUAGUCAGAGUAAGCCGUUUGUGUUUUGGGUUGGGAGUGGAAGUGCGAAUUUAUCAGUCGCUUGUGAAAGUUUGAGUGGUGCCUGUAGUGGGGGGAGAACACCGCCUGUUGUUUGA